UCUGACACACACGGGGAACCAGUCGCUUUCACCAAGCAAAGGACACUCACCACCGCGUUCAGUAUAUAAGGUCCUCCCUCCUCUUUCUCUUGUCUCUCCACGUUUCCCGCAAAAAAAAAUAAAAUAAAAUCCCUUCCCCCUAAAAAAAAGAAAGAGAACACAAAAUAUAAUUAAGAAAUUUUUAAUUUUGAUUUACUGUAUAUAAUUUUUUUCAUUUUAUUUUGCCAUUUCCUCUCGGAUGUGUGUUAUUAUAUUGGUCAUGUGAAAUUCAGUUAUCGAGUAAUGGCGUGCAAAUCGAAAACAAUCAUCAUUCCAUUGACGACACAGACAUCGAUAAUAUCAAGUACUCACAUCACAACAUCAGAAGAAAGUUGCUGCACAAAAAUCAACGAGAUUCUUCUUCUUCAUUUGGAAAAAUGAAAAUUCAUCAUUCAUCAUUAUUAUCAUCAUGACAAAGUAGUGUGACCACGCGUGUGGAUGUGGACACAAGGUCACAAAGAAAGGAAUGUCUGAGAGCGAUAGUGAUCAAGUAGCUCGGUCUCUGGCCCUAGAGCAAGCUUACGUUCACGAGGUCUAUGAACAAUGUGCCGAAAAGACUGUCCAAGGCAAACAAUGGCCACGAAUUUAUCAAUUUCUCGAGGAAUUGGAACCAGGGGCUCUCGUCUGCGACAUAGGUUGUGGGAAUGGGAAAUAUCUCAACGUCAACCACAGUGUUUAUAAGGUCGGCGUGGACCGAUGCAACAGACUGACUGAUAUUGCUCGAGAAAAAGAAAAUGAGGUUUUAAUAUGUGACAAUUUAUCGUUACCCUUCCGUGACGAGAGUUUCGAUGCGGUUUUAUCAAUUGCAGUCGUUCAUCAUUUUGCGACCACCGAGAGACGAGUUCGAGCUUUAAAAGAACUCGCUCGCGUCUUGCGAAUUGGAGGACGACUCAUUAUUUCCGUAUGGGCCAUGGAACAAAAGCACCGAAAGUUCGAAUCCCAAGACGUCCUGGUUCCAUGGCCCAAGGCUUAUUGUCUCAGUUCGAGGUCCAGUAGUGGAAGAUCUUAUGGCUCAUCCUGCGAUGAAAAACAUCGAGAACAUCCUGAAAAACAUAUCCUAAAGAGAAGUAACCAGAGGAAAUGCAAGAACAAAAGUUACUGGACUGAUCCAAUAUUUAGUCCAUCGCCAUCGACAAGCAGUCUCUCAAGUCCCAAUGAGACGUGCUAUAGUUUUUUUCGACGUGCACUACAAAAAUUAGCAGGCGGUAGACGUGGUUCACGACCAUGGUUCAUUGAAAAUUGGCAAAAUGGUGGUAAUAAAAAUCGACGACACUAUGAACAAGAAGACAGUGGCGAUAUGGAUGAUAUGCCAAUUGAAUUAAGACGACUCGAAGACACAACAUUAACAACAUUGAACAGUAGCAACAGCAGCAGCAAUAGUAAACAAUCCGAAAGCUUAAGUAUCAAAUCGAAAAGCCUUGGUGAUAUUUUAGAAAUACAGCGACUCGAUUUGGUACGUUCACGUUCAAGUAUUCCCGGUCUUUGUUCGACAAUGACAUCAGAACUUCAAUUAGACGAUGAUUCAAUGACAACAACAACUACCACCACGACGACAUUAUCAUCAUUGAGCACAUCAAAGCCACGAUUAGUCAAACAAAAAACACACUUCAAUGAUGAUGAUAAUGUCGACGUGGAGAAUUGUUUGGAAUUUCCUGAUAACACUGCCAAUGAACAAAUCAUCAAGGAUCUUCCAGACAUUCAGGAUUCACAAAAUACAAAACGAGGAAAUGUGCAGAAACAAAGUUCAAUGAAUGAAGAAUUAAUGUCAAUUGAACGACUUGAAGAAAAGGAACAACUUCGACGAAAUAUCACUAAACAAUCAUCAUUAAAUGAGGACAUCAUUUACAAACGAAAAGCCUUCGAAGCCUUUAGAGAGUCUUUCUAUUCUGGUAAUGCUUCGAAGAGAUUUCAAUUGUUAAAAAGUGGCCUUACAAAUAAGAUCAAACAAUCGACGACAAAUAUUGAAAAAGUAUCGGGAAUGUCAAUUAGAAAUGGAUUUGUCAAAAUACUUCAGAGUUGGAAAUCAACUGAAAGUGAAGUUCCAGUAUCAACAAAUGUCGAAUAUACAAUACAAGCGGAGAAUUUACAAAAUACAAUAAAACGUGAUCAUGAUUUAAUUGAAAGACGAUUAUCACGUGAAGAUGGUUCGGAUUCAUCAAAAGAUAGUAGUCUACAAAGUGAUACAAGCGUUGAUUCUGAGGAUAGUUUUGCAUCAGUUAUUUAUGUGCCAAAACAAGAUGUGACACCGUUAAUUGAUGUUAUAACGGCAACAGCAGCAGCAUCGCCACCUGGUUAUCAAUUGAGUACAGCAUCUGCGCCUCCAUCGCCACGUGUCAAAUAUCCACCUGAUUUAACAGGUCCUAGAUUAAAAAUGAUUUCCAUAUCGCCAUUAUUGAAACAAUUUCCCGCAACAAGUAAAUCUCUUCCACCACCAAGUCCUCCGGGUCUAUCACCAAAAACAUUAAAUUCAACUCCAAUGAAACCUUUCAUCAAUCAUAGAAAUAGUAAUCAACCGAUUAUCAAUUUUCUAGAUAAAAAAUUUGAUUUUACAUUUAAAAAAGAGGAAAAUUUAUCUAAAGAAAAUAUAGAGGAGAGAAAUUUAAAUUUUGAUUAUGACGAUACGAAUUUAGAAAAAAAGAUUCCAGAAGAAAAGAAUAAUGAAGAGGAAUGUCGAAAGGAUCGUUUAAAACAAAUAAAAGAAUUACUCUAUCAAAAACCAGGAUUUGCAACACGUAUGAAACCAUCAUUUCCUUUAGUUCGAAGAGCUUCCUCAGCUGUACCCGGUCGUUUGGAAACUGCAACGAAAUUAUUACCCCGUUUACUUUCUCUAGAAUUAUUUAAUCCUGAAACCGAUGAUCUUGACAGUGAUUCCAGUGGUGUAUCAUCACCAGAAUCAGGUGGUUCUGUUAUUAGUGUUAUUUCUGAUGAACGUUAUUUAGCAAAGAAAAAUAAAUCCGAUAUCACUUCCGAUGAUAUAAAAGAAACAUCAUCUUCCAAUAAUGAUUCUUCUUCAUCAUCAUCGAAACUUUUAGAAGCGGCAGCGAAUGUUGCAAGUUCACUUGAAAAUGUUGCCGGUACUGUUGUAUAUCAACAAAAAAUAAAUGACGAUUUAUCAAUUAAAAAACAUAAUUUAGCCCCAUCGCCAGAUGAAGUAACAUGGAAUGAGGAAUGUAGAAAACAUUUACUUGAUUUCACAGAAAAAUUAAGUGAAAAUUUAAUACACGACAUUGACCAAUAUUGUCAAAAGACCAAACUUGAAAUAAAUGGCGAUUUUGACCAAUUAAAUUUGCAAAAAAAAUCAUCGCAAGACUCAUAUGAUUAUCUUGAAUUUGACAAUAAACCCGAUAGUCUCGAUGAUGAUGAGCUCAUUGAUAGAAGUGUAUCCGAGGAAAGAAUGGAUUUUGUUAUGAUAUCAAAAAAUGGUGAUAUCAUUAAUGAAACGGAAGUUGAAAGAAAAACACAUGAUGGUAAAUUAAAGGAGAAAUAUUUACGUUUUGGUAAUUCAAUUGAAUCAAGCGAUAUUGGUGAUUCAAUUGAAAAUACAAUUAGUGAAAGUAGUCAAGGUAGUACAAGACGAAUUGGAAGUGGUAGUACAGCGUCACUUGGUUCAAGUAAUUUAGAUUUUAGUCGUUGUAUUAGUGAGAGGAGGAAAUUUUUAAGUCAAAAUAGAUCAGCAUCAGAGGAGAUACCAUCAAAAUUUAUUUCAGGUAGAAAUCAUUUUGAACGUAGUCGAAUGACAAAUGGCGCAAGUAAUGGAACAUUAAGUGGCUCAUCAUCACAGGAAUCAUUGCCAUCGGAUCAGGGCGGUGGUGGCGGUGCAAUUACUUAUCAUCAAUAUUAUCAUGUUUUUCGUGAAGGUGAAUUGGACCAGUUAAUUAAUAAAUACGUGGAGAAUUUACACAUUAUCUCCUCGUACUAUGAUCAUGCAAGCUGGUGCAUAGUUGCCGAGAAGGUACAAGUCUGGACUAUAUGACUACUUGAGGCAUGGAUUAGAGAACAUUUUUUACAUAUUACUAUUUUUAUUUAAAUUUGGUAGUGACAAAAACAUUUCUCUUCAAUCUCUGAGAGUUUCUAUUUUUCUUUUUCUUCUUCUUCUUUUAAUUGUGGCUUUUUACCACAAACUUCAAGAUUUCCGACGUAUUUUAUGUAAAAUUCGUUAAUUUACACUAAUAAAUAUAGAGGCACAAUAGUUUCCUCAAAUCGAAACCGCAAACAAUGCGUUGGAAUAGAUCAUAUAAAAUUGUAAUUAUAAACGUAAACAGGUUUUUGAAAAAAAAUUUAAAUUACCGACAUAGAAAUCUACCUUACCGACUGAUGGUAAAAGAAUUUUCCGUGAAAUUUUUACCGACUUUCUCAAAACUGUUUUGCCUACAGUCGGGUAAGGUAGAUUUCUAUGUCGGUAAUUUUUAUAUUUUCAUUUCAGAGAAAUUUCUUUACCAUCAGUCGAUAAGGUAGAGUUCUGUGCCAGUAAUUUUUUAUAUUUUCAUUUUUCAAAAACUGUUUUACCAUCAAUCGGUAAGGCAGUUUCAUAGGUCGGUAAUUUUACAUAUUUUUAUUUUAAAGAAAAUUUCUUUACCAUCAGUUGGCAAGGUAAAUUUCUAUGCCGGUAAUUUUUUAUAUUUUCAUUUUUCAAAAACUGUUUUACUAUUAGUCGGUAAUUACCAUCAGUCGGUAAGAUAGAUUUCUGCAUCGGUAAUUUUUUAUAUUUUCUUUUUUCAAAAAACUAUUUUACAAUCAGUCGUUAAGAUAGAUUUCUAUGUCGGUAAAUUUUAUAUUUUCAUUUUUCAAAAACCUGUUUUACCAUCAGUCGAUAAGGUAGAUUCCUAUGUCGGUAAUUUUUCGUAUUUUUAUUUCAAAGAAAAUUUCUUUACUAUCAGUCGGUAAUGUAGAUUUCUAUGUCGGUAAUUUUUUUAUAUUUUCAUUUUCCACAUUCGAUUGCAUUUCUUUACAAGAUUCUAUUGGCCUUUAAUUUCUCGACCCAUUUCAGUCAUUUAUACACAUAAACAAAUCUAAAACUUAUCAAAAAUCUCAGAGAUUCAAAACUCCUAAUCAUAAAUAGAAAAAUUAUUAUUUAUGACCAUUUUGUGCAAUAUUAGCUUAGAAAACUCGAACCGGAAACGGUAUUUCAUAUAUAAUACGAAUUUUAGUCUCGUAGUCGUCGUUUUUCUGUUUAGAGAGAAAGAGACGCGAUGAUAUGUAAAUCGUUAAAUUAGGAAUCGUCCAUCCUAUAUUUACUUUGAUACAUAUUAUAUAUAUAUUUAUUGAAACUAUUUCGACGAUGUAAAUAAUUAUUUCACGCAUUCUCACACAAAAAAAAAAAAACACUCGCUUGUAAAUAUGUAUAAAAUGACUCUAUCUUGAUAUAUAAACGCACACAAAACAAAGUAGACGAUUCGUUUCUCCAAAAAUAUAAUAAUACUCAAUUCAUGAAUAAAAAACAAAAUAAUUAACUUUUUCUACUUUUAAAAAUUAAUUUUGAGAAAUAUAAAAUUAUCGGCUAGAUUCUAAAUACACAAUGGAAAAAUUAAGGUCUGUCUACAAUGAUCAAAUUAAGGCCAGCAUAAUAGAUUCGCGAAUUCAUUGUGCGUUGACCUUUAAAGUUUUGAUAUUGUAGACAAACAUUUAAAAAAAAAAUCCCACCGCUGUCACCAUAUUGUCUUUUUUUUUCUUUUAAAGACAAAUUUCAAUUCCAAUUAUUAGUCCAAUUUUACAAUAAUUUAUAUUUAAUCCAAAUAAAUUAGUCAAAUAAAUAAUUGCUUUCACUGAUUUGGAUUAUUAAUUUUAAAAUACGAAAUUAAAAAAAAAAAAACUCUUUCCAAUUUUUAAGAAAAAAAAAAAUCUUUUUACAACAUAUAUACCAAAUAUCUUCGAAUGUACAGUUAUAUUUGUAUAAAAAUCGUUCUACAGGGUGUGCGAAUUCUCAUAUAUUAUAUAUAAUAUUAAAUUUUUAAUCUCAGCAGUGUAAGGAAAUAUUUUUCUCAAUGAAUAAGAAUAUUCAUCAAAAAAAGAAAAUUUCUUUUCCUGCUCUAAUUAAAAAAAAAAACUAAUUCAUAGAGUGGUUCAAAAAAAAAAACAAUCUCGUACAUGUACAUUUUUUUUUUGAACCACUUUAUGUAUGCGCGAAAAAAAAUAGAAAAUCUUGUAAAUAUAUAUAGAAACACUUGUCGUUGAAAAGAGAUUAAUAGAGAGUUAUUUAGAAUCAUUCUGCCUAGCGAUUUAAUCAAGCAUCCAAUAUAUAGCAAAAAAAAAGAGAUUUUUAAGGCUAACAGGUACUAAAAAAAAAAAAAAUAAAUAAAUAAAAUACGAAAAAUACAUAGUUAAUAUCCCAGCAUAUCAGCGAAUCGAUAAAGAGUGAAAAAAAAAUCAAUUUUUUUUUUUCACAGAAAGUUAUAUACACACAAGUCAGGGUACAAGGCUCUCGAAAGAUGAAUAUAUCAUAUUAAAGAUUUAAUUUUUUUCUGAAUUAAGAAAAAGGACAGCGACGCUGGUGUUAAAAAAAUAUAUAUAUAUAAAUGUUCUAUAAAAAAAAUGUCGCAAAUCGUUUACAAUUUCGUUUACAAAAAAAAAGGAAAUUGUAAAAAAUUUGCGAUUUAUAAAAUAUAUAUAUUGCCAGUGACACCAUUAUAAGAUUGUGAUAUUCCUACAUCCGUCUAAUCCAAAAAUGUAUAAUCACCUCUAACUGGAAUAUUAUCUGGUUAAACGUUAUAAAUAUAUAUAGUCACAACUUCAGGCAUAUCUUCAUAUAUAGUAAAAAAAAAAAAAAAUGAUGUAAAAUUCAUUCUUAAAGAAAUCAUUUUCACAAAAGAAAAAUAUAUAUAUAUAUAAUAUUACAUUUUUUCAAUUCUAUAUAGAAAUACGGCUGUUGACUUUCAAUUUUGAAAGCUUUCAAAAAUAUUCAUCUAAGAGAAAAAUCAUAUAUACAGAAAAGUAUAAAUAUAUAAAUAAUUAAAUCUGAAAGCUCUCAAUAACUCGAAUUUCAAAGGUCGACAGUCUAAAAUGCCGAGUUAUAAAAAUUUAGUCAUCGAAUAUAUAGAGAUUAGACGAAUAGGGACCGAGAGGCUUAUGUUUAUAGCUUGCGAUGAUAGAAGUUGGGAGAAUAACUAUAAAAUGAAUCUACGAUUCGAUAUAUAUAUAUAUACAUAUAUUAUCAAAAUAAAUGAGUCAUCGAUAAAUUGAAAAUUAGUUUUCUUAAUAUUAAAGAAACAUUAAAAAUAAGUUUAAGGUUAUGUUUCGUAUGUUAUCUUUAAAGCAGUGUUGGGUAACGACGUAUCGAAACUUUCUAAUUGGCUCUCAAUAUUUCCUGGAAAUAUUAUUAGCCAAUUAGAAAAAUUCAAUACGUCUCUACCCAACCCUGAUUUCCCUCUCUUACAAUUUUUAAGCCCAACGGACAAUAGUAAAUUUAUUAUUGUCAAUAAAAUUGUUCACGAAAACAGAUAUUUAUUUAAAAAAUUAAAAACAUUUUUUUCUAAAUGCGAGAACUAAUUUUCGAUAUAACGAGGACGACUGAACUCACUAAAAAAAAAAACAAAAAAAUACCCAAAUAUGUACUCUGUGCAUGAUGAUGAUAAGAUAUAAUAAUUCAGUAUUUGACAAAGCUCAAUGUUGUAUAUGAUUCUUUCAUACCGAUAACUAUUGCAUCGCUAGCGAUUAUAUAUUUAAAGAAAAAAAAAAAAAAUUAAAUCCUUUACAGACUUGCCUGAGCUGCGACUCGAUGUUGCUUCGCUGUAAGCUAUUUUAGAAAGAAUAGCCAUAUAUAAUCUGUGGCAAACAGAAAAAAAGCUGUGAAAAGUGCACUUUUCAAAUAUGAAAAAGCAAAAAAUAAGAUUGGAAAGUCAAAAAUUAUUUUCUCGAUUAAAAACAAAAAAAAAAACUAAACUAAAAUUGAAAACCUCAAAACUUCCGAGGACUAUAUGUAAUUUAUUCUCAAUUAUGAAAAAAAGGGGGAGUAAUAAUCGUAUAGGGUCAAAAAGGAUCAAGCAGGGUUGGGUAACGUUUUCUCAUUAGCUGGGAAUAUUUCCGGAUAUUUUACCAACCAAUCAGAAACGUUAUCAAGAUCUGUUUUUCAUCUCAUUAAAUUGUAGAAAGACCUUUACACUUCGGCCUUUUGACUUUUACUCCUCUUUUUUUUUAAAUUAUACUCAUUUUUUCCUGGAAGUUACGAUUUAUUUAAAGUAAAGAAAAAUCUCUAUAUUCUUGAGAAAAUUUCUUUUUCAAAAAAAAAAGACUGAGAAUAUCUCGAAAAAAUUCAAAUUCUGGAAGAAAAAUUGUUUUACUUUCAUUUUUUUUAUGACUUAAUAUGGAAAAAAUGUAAUCUUAUUUUAAAAGAAAAUUAUUUUUUACAUUAAUUUGAAAAUAAUAUAUACUCUCCUUUUGAAUUAUAUAAAUUUUAUUCCAUCUUUAAAAGCGGAACAAUUUUCAAACGAAGUAUACACUUUAUUUUUUUUAUAUGAAAUUUUUUUUUCCAGAAUUAGCAAAUUUUUUUGUGAUAAUAUUUCAAAAAUACGAAUUUUUUUUCUUCUUUUUUUCCAUAAAUAGCUGCUAUAUAAGCUUGUAGCACACACACACAUACACGACCGACAGUCUUUCUAAACUGUUUGAAUAAAAAAAAAUUAUUGACAAUAUAUCUAUAUGCAUUCACUGUGGUCGGAAAGAGGGAGAACGUCACGCGCGAUUUUGUAAAAAAAAAUGAAAAAAAAACUACAGAAACACAAUUGUAGUGAUUAUAAACAAAGCUUAGCGAUAUAGUCAAAUUGAGAGGGACAAAAAAAACACAUUACCUUCUAUAUAGUAGAAUUUACUUUAUAGGCGUGAAAUUCGAAUUUCUAAUCUAGUAAAAAAAAAAAAAAAAAAAAAAAAACUAGUUGGAUAAGAGAGAUCUAGUCCCCUCUCCUCCCCCAACCCCGCCUUCCUAUCUACUUCUCCUAGAUUCGCGGGUUUUUAUUUUUAUCUUACUGCAUGUUUGAAUUUUUCUUUUUUUUUAGGUUUUAUUAUAAUUAUAUAUAAAAAAUAAAUUUAUUAUUCUAAAAAGUCUCUUAUAAUUCCAUUUUCCUUUUAUAGAAACAAGUCACUUAAAUAUCGAUGCGAAUAAUCAAGCAGGCAUUGAUUUAUACGCUACGUAUAAUAAUGUAAUUUAGCGACAAGUGCACUAUUUAGUUAAAAAGGCAAAGAAAAAAAAAAUACCUAAAAAAAAAAUAAAAAUCUAUUCGUAGCAACGCGAUCAGACUUGUAUUUUAUACUUGUAUUUCACAGUGAGAUUAUUUGUCAACUUUGCAUUAUAAGUAAACACACGAUUGUAUAUUUCAUUUAAUAGAAGAAACUGUUUCAUAUA